CGGCACGGUGCGGGUCGCGGUUAUUUCCUGGCUCGUUUUCUUCAUCUUCAAUUUCAACCCCUCGAUUCGACUCGCUGUCCUAGUCUUUGACACAGCUCAAAAUCAAGUGACUCUUAACGUAAAAUCAUUCACUAUUAUCUAACAAAAUAGAGACCAAAUAUUCAACGAAUAAAAUCGUAAACAGAGGAAGGAAAAAGUAAACUGACAAAAUUUCUCAAAAUUUUCAUUUCUCGUGCCUACAUUGCCAAUUGUGAGCGAGUAUUAUUAUCCAUUGAAUAGUAUUGUAAAAGUAAACACAAGCUUGUAAGAAGGAACAAUAUCAAACGGUAUUUCAUCGCGUUCCUCUUGAGCAAAACUCGUGGAAAGUGCUGUACGCUCCGGUUCACGGUGCACUAUUCAGAGGGACGGAACAAGAGAGAGGGAAUAAGGGAGGAAGAAAGAGAGAAGUCACGUUUGCUGAAGAAAGGCGUGCUCACGACCGAGCUUUUACGGUCUCGUCUCUUCAUUGACGUAUCCUGAUUUUGACUUUCGACGAAUAUACAUUGUAUUUAUAUAUUUUCAUUUUUCCCUCCUCUCUUAUUUUAUGAAUGAGAUGUAUUAUUUUAUAAAUCAAUAAUUGGAAAUAAGGUUAUUUACACAACAUUAGUUAUACGAUAGUUCAAUGAAUGUUGCGCGAAUGAUUUUGCUUGAUCGUUAAUCGAUGAGUCGCGAUUAAUAUUGGCGGAUCUCGAGGAUCGAAAGUGAGUGAGUUCAAGUGGUGUAGAAAUAGACUGAAGUUUAAAGAAACAGAUGAAUAUGAGGCUCAUUGUCAGAGGAACGCUUGUGUUGUUGGUCAUUGCCAAUGCAGUCUACAGUCAAAAUGCGACUGUAAUCACGAGUGACGACGCCCUCCAAGGGUACGACCCCCAGUUCAUGGUUGGCUGUUAUUUCCCCGCGGAAUUUCAGGGUGAGUUCGUGACGCAGGUGAGCGGAAAGGAAGCCAGCGACACGAGCAACGAGCCCAUUCAAUAUUCCACCAUCAACAUCACGUUCAACGCGAUCCCCGUAUGGGGCUACUGCCACAGGAGGAUCGGCGAUAACGUGUUGCUAAUGGACAGAUACGGUGAUGGCGACUGCAUCCGAUGCUUCCGAUUGUUAAGGAGAUCACGCAACAUUAUCGAGGUCUUCUCUGAAGACCUGAACAGGUGCUAUACUUCAGAAGCCACUGCUUUGGCCUCCUGUGAUAAAUUAAAUUCCACGUCCGUUUUAUAUCGUACCAGGGAGAUUGGAAAUAUCCCCAUAAGAAACGAGUAUUGUCCAAUAACUGGCCAGUAUCACUUCACGUAUAAUCUCAAUAAUGGAUCUGAUAAAGUUAUCGAGUGUAAUAGCUUCUCAUCUUCCUUCAACAAUUGUCCUGAUGGCUCUGUUUUAAGAUUGCACUUCAAUCGUUGUAGCUUCGAGCCUCACAUGAAUAUUACGUUUAAUUGCUUAGGCAACUGGCCUGGUCCAAACGGUUCUACUUAUUUUGCCCUGAUGGACAUCAGUGGCAACUAUGAAGGCAGACCACAGUAUAGAUGUGGACUAUUUCAUGUUGACAAUAAAAAAGGAAAAACAUACAUGGCUCUCAGCAGCGAUUCUAGCUGUGCACAGAAUUUAGAUAAUUCCACUAGUGGAUAUGAGACACUAGUCCUUAGUAAAAUUCCAAACCAAAAGAAGAUGCCAAAUUAUGUGAAGACUCACGUAGCAACAUUUCCAAAAUGGGCACAGGGUGUAUGGGAAGAAUCUCUGAUUGUCAAUGGCACCAUGACUUUCACUGAUCUUAAUGGCUAUAAUAGUUACACGUUCAUUACCGUUGAUUCGAAUGAAGAAACUGGCCGCUACAUCGUUUAUUCCAAAAAUCAAUGUGAACAAGUGGCAUAUGUGUGUUUAAUGAUGAGGCAACGAAGUGAAAAUGUACUAGAAUUUGCAAUAGGAAUGGUGUUAAGUCCAGUUUAUCAAUCUUAUUUGUGUGACGAUACUAAUUUGGAUAAACCUGUUUGGAUGACACAAGCACGAAUUGAACGUGCGGUAGAGUCGCCUUGUCCAAUUACUGGACAAUAUAUGGGUAUGAUAACUGAUCUAUCAGGCAUGUGUGCUGAACUAAGCAGCAACUGCAACACUCGUGAAAUAAUGUACUUUAAAGUUACUGACUGUGAAUCUGGAGAACUCUAUGAAGAACGAGCAUACCUGUGUCUAGGUCAAUGGGAAGAAAAAGGUGUUAUGUAUGCAUAUACUAUGAGAAACGAUACCAGUACAAAUGAAUGUUUUGUUGGUUUAAUCGUGAAUGAUGAAGAAAUUUAUAUCAAGGAAGCGGGGGAUCAUUGCAUGAGAAAUAUUGAUCCUAAGAAAGAAGGAAUGCGUCUGUAUAAGAAAGGUCAAUGUUAUGGAAAUUCUCCAAGUCCUGCACCAACGCCAAUGAAACCAAUUCCUCACAAUCCAAUAAUGAGAACUGCUACAACUCCGCGGUCGAGAGUAUCAGGUACCACCAGUAUAUCAGGAAACAAUAUUCCAUCAUUUGCCUCACAUAAAACCACUGCAUCUUAUGGUUUUGUAAUGUUCAUAAUGGUAAUCGCGUUUUUUAGAAACAUUUAUAUGUACGUUUGAGUACCAAGUCAUUAAUAACGAACAAUGAACUAGUGAAUGAAUGCCGCUAUGGGAUAUAAAACAAGAAAAUCUUAUUGUCUUAAAACAGAGUCAUAAAACUUUUCUUAAUUUUAUUGAGAUAAAGCUAAAUGAUCAAGAAAGUAAAUAUUAUACAUGAAGUAUAUUUAGAAAAUGCCUAUCCUGCUAAAUGAUUUCAUCAGGAAAAAAUAAGUAUUUGAAUACUUUUAAUCUGAUAUAAUGACUAAUUAUAUUAAUAUUGUAUUGUUGAUAUUAAUUUGUUCCCUUAGCAAACACCAUUCUAAUCUACUUUGCAUUUGAGAGAUGCUUUUAACAAAAAUUUCUGUAGAUACAUAGAACUUUGUUAUAUUUCAAAUCUCCACCAAACACUGCCUUGUAAGAUACAAGUAAUAGUAAACUGUAUGUUGCUAGGAGAAUCCAAAGAAGUUUAUAUAUUUUCUGAUUAUAACACACUUUUCAUAAUGGUUUUUUACUAAAUCAAUCAUGUAGAUGAAAUUACUAAUGAGACUGACUGAAUUAAUAACACUGUACAGAAAGAUUCAUCAAUAGGAAAAUAUAUAUUUUUUUCAAAUUUGUACUUAAAAUAAGAAACUAACACUAUUUUUUUCUUGUUGAAAUAAAUAUAUUAUAAUCUACAUCGAAUGAAAUGAAUGAAAAUUACAAACUUAAAGCAAUAUACAAAAUAAGAAAUAUGUUAUCAUUCUUAGGGUAAUACGAUUUAUUCCCUGUGAUUAUUUGCAAAACAAAUAAUUUUUAAAUAAGUCACGAUAAAUUUUACACUUUUUAUAUAAUUAUUGAAUUAAAUUUAACAUCGAUUUUUGCAAUUAACACAAGCAAGUGUCAUACUUGUACCUAAAGUAGAAUUUUUACAAAUAAGUAUUGUGUGAAAUGGUUUACAUAUUUAUAGAAUGCUUUUAUAUAUAUGCAAUUCAUUUUUAUAUUUAUAUUGUAAAUGUAUAUAAAUAUGUAUUUAUAAAUUUAUACCUUAAUGUAUAGAAUUAAUAGUACAGUAAUAUUUACAAUGUAGAUAGUACUUCUCCAGUCAUGCUGUGUAUAAAUUUAAACAAUAAGUCCAUCAGAUGCCAAAUUAUUAACUUCAUUCAUUGCCAGUUCUCUAACAUUAACAACUACUUUUCAACUUCAGCAUUUGUAACGCUUAUUAUUUUGACAUCUGGAAGGCUUGUAUACUACAGAAAAUUAAUUAUAUCACAAAAUUUCACAAAAAUACAUACAUAAAUUUACUCCUGAA